AUGUCAUCUUCACUUCAAAACGAAAGAUACAAAAUGUUUAUAUUAUCAACUGCAGUCAUCUUACUUUCAACAAUUAAAACAGGAAGUGCUAUAGAUUUGGUUAACUUACCAUUAAGCAUACCUAGCAGAAGCGUUAACAUUAACGCUACUUUAACUGAUAUCAAUGCUGGCACUAAAUGUUUCAUCCAAGAAUCGAUAUCUUCUGGUGCAUCCAUAAAAGGUAGAGUUGUGAUCUCAGGUGAAAAGGAUUCCUACAACAUCUAUUAUAAUACUGAUUAUAACAAGGACCGCUUGAUUAUUCAUGGUACAAAUUGUUUACCAUUUACUUUCAAAAGCAAUUGGAACCAAACUUUACCUGGAAUCGACAAACCUGUAAUGAAUCUGGUACUCUUAAUGGGACCUUCAAUUUUAUAUCGACUUGUUCAUUCCUCAAUUGUUUGGACAUCAGCUGCUGAUAAAAACAUAAGAGGAACCAUGAUGAAGGGUGUAACAACUGACAUAAAUGGAAGAUUGAAAAUCACUUAUUAUUACAAAAAACAUUUUGAUGACGGUUCUGGAAUUAAACAUCCAAGUCGAAUUGAAUUCAGUGGUUACGAUCCAUAUUCAACUUCAAUUAGCCACAACGAGAAUCUAAUUCUUGACAUUUACCUUCAAAGUGAGAACUAUUAA